CCACUUGAAUAGUUCAAACACUCAGGUGAAUGUUCUAAGUCUCUAACAUCAACACACUAUAUUGCUCCAUGACCAAAAUAAAACUUUAUUUUUAUUUUUAUUAUUAAUAUUAUUUAUUGUCGUUUAUUAUCAUUUAUUACAAUUAUUGUUAACUUAAUAAAUGAUAAUGAAUUGGUUGGUGUUGUGCUCUUGUCCCUUCUAGUCAUAUCCAACGUUGUAGCAGACACUCAUACAUAUCUUUACGACUCUAGCCACAAGAUAUAGUAUAGUAUUCAAGUAGUACAAAAUUGUUAGGGUGAUGGUCGCAAAUUUAAAGGGCCAUUAAAUGGCUACCAAUUACCUAACCUCAUUUAUAGAUGGAUCUUACAUGAGCCGUGUGGUGUUUGCCAUUAUUUUAUCCAUAUCACCUUAUAGCCCCCCAAAAAAUGGCAUAAAAACCCAUGUUACAUUCAACUUCUGUCUUCAAUUUUGUAUCGCUAAACAUGAGUUCAAAACGCGGGUCUAUUAACCAUCUCUUACCAUGCCUAGUGAUGGUGGUUAUGAUGGUGUUUGGUGUUACAAAAGCAGACUUAGAGCAAGAUAAAAACCAGUGUACGGAUAAGCUGGUAGGGUUAGCCACUUGUUUAGCUUAUGUUGGCGGUGAUGCACCAACACCACCCAAGGACUGCUGUACCGGGCUCAAGCAGGUUGUGACCAAUAGCAUGGUGUGUUUAUGCAUCUUGGUCAAGGAUCAUAACGAUCCGAGCCUCAAGCUCAAGAUCAACGAUACACUGGCACUGGGUCUACCUGAUACUUGCCACACGCCUGCCAAUAUCUCUCAGUGUGUCGGUCUUUUACACUUGAAAAAUGGCUCACCAGAUGCUAAAGUAUUUGAGGACUAUGCAAAACUCAUCAAGAACACUACCACCACCACCAUAGUUCAACCUGCAGGGGAUGCAAUGAAAGGGAAUUCAACAUCAAGUGAUGGGGAAAGGAGACACAGAUCGUUGGGAUUAAAGUCUGUGGGGCUAUUAUUUAUUGUGGUGUUGUUUCACUUAAAUGUGCACAAAGAGAUAAUGUGCAUAAAGUGAUUUUUAUUUUUGAUAUUUAGGUGCUUAAAUAAUGUUUCAAGAUAACAAUAACUUGUAUAAUCAAAUUAAGAGUGGCUUUUAUUUUAAACUAGUGAGAUUCCCCACGCUUCGCAGCGGGUUUGGAUCAA